GUUUCUUCAGUUGCUCUCAACACCGCGUCGGGGUUAUGUCGUUCGGUUCGUUAACGCAAAAUUAUUUUAUUUCCACGGAUAUACAACGUUCGUGGGUAAAUUAUAACUUAAAGUGAUGUGGAUUUUCUAGUUUUUAUCUUUGAAAUAAAAAAAUAAUAACCCUUCGUUAUGGCUUUAAAAGAAAUAGUACUAGUUUUUGUAUUUUUCUUCUUCGGCGCUUCGUUGGGUUACCAACACGAGACCAGAAUAUCCGAUCAGGACGACAUUAUACCUCACCAUGACAAAUGCCAGGAGAUAACAGUGCCUUUUUGCAAGGAUAUCGCUUAUAACACAACGAUAAUGCCUAAUAUAUUAAAUCAUCAAAGACAAGAAGAUGCCGGAUUGGAUGUACACCAAUAUUUUCCUUUGGUGAAGGUGAAGUGUAGCCCGGAUUUACAGUUCUUCUUGUGUUCGGUGUAUAUUCCGGUGUGUACGAUUUUGGAUAGACCCCUUCCCCCAUGUCGGUCCCUUUGCAUUUCUGCGAAGAAUGGUUGUGAAGUUAUAAUGAAAAGGUUCGGUUUUGACUGGCCCGAGAACUUGGAUUGUGCACAAUACCCCGAAGGACAGGAUAUAGACGGCGUGAUGUGCGUUGGCGAGAACAAAACCUCGGAUGCGACCACAUCUGCUCCUUCGGGCGUACACAUCCAUCAACCAGACCCACCUUUUAGAAGUAUUCAUGGUAGAGAUUACGGAUUCGUUUGCCCUGCACAAUUUAAAGUAGCAAAGAAUUUAGAAUAUUCACUAAAAGUUGGUGAAAAAGUUGAAAAAGAUUGUGGGGCACCAUGUCAUAUGAUGUUCUUCAGUGAAAAUGAAAGAAAAUUUUCAAAAGUUUGGGUCGGAACUUGGGCCGUUUUAUGUGCAGCUAGUUGUCUAUUUACAGUUUGCACUUUUUUGAUAGAUACCGAUAGAUUUCGGUAUCCAGAACGACCGAUAAUUUUUUUAUCGGUGUGCUAUUUGAUGGUCGCUAUGGCUUAUGUUGUGGGUUUCCUCGUGGGCGAUUCUAUUUCUUGUAGGGAUCCGUUUCCAGCUCAAGUGGGAAUUCAAACAGUCAGCACCAUCACGCAGGGUACAAAAUACGAACUUUGUACGAUACUGUUUAUGGUGUUGUACUUCUUCAGUAUGGCUUCGAGCAUUUGGUGGGUAGUAUUGACUUUAACGUGGUUCUUAGCAGCCGGACUCAAGUGGGGUCAUGAAGCCAUAGAAGCAAACUCGCAAUACUUCCAUUUAGCCGCUUGGGCUGUACCGGCAAUUAAGACCAUCACGAUCUUGGCCAUGGGAAAAGUUGAAGGUGAUGUCCUAAGUGGAGUAUGUUACGUUGGCAUAUGGAACGUAGAAGCUCUCCGUGGUUUCGUCCUGUCGCCAUUAUGCGGUUACUUGGUCCUAGGUACAAUCUUCUUGCUUGCCGGAUUCGUCUCCUUAUUCCGAAUAAGGACCGUCAUGAAGCACGACGGCACGAAGACGGACAAGUUAGAAAAACUGAUGAUCCGCAUCGGUAUCUUCUCGGUUCUAUACACGGUCCCAGCGGUCAUAGUCAUAGCGUGUCUCUUCUACGAGCAACUUUACUUCGAUUCUUGGAUGCACACAUGGACUAAAGAUAUGUGCAGAAGGUCCCAAUAUUCGAUACCGUGUCCGAGAGAUCGAGAUCCCGAUCGUAGGCCACUUUUCGAAGUGUUCAUGAUUAAAUAUUUAAUGUGUAUGAUUGUGGGAAUUACGUCGAGCGUUUGGAUUUGGUCCGGAAAAACGAUGCACAGUUGGAAAGUGUUUUUCAAUAGGAUUAAAGGAAGACACACGGCGGCAUACGUCUGAAAUUAGGAGUUUUUAAAAUGAGAAGAAACAUUUCGUCUUGUUUAAGAAAAAUAGGAGAUCAAAGACUUGACGUGUUUGUAAAUGUUUAAAUUAAUUGAUAUUUUUGUAUUGGAAGAACGCAAAGAAACCAUACCGCUUUAAAUCAUAAAAAAAAUAUUUAAACUGCCUUUUUGCUGCUACAUAUUACUCUGAAUGACGAUUGAAUCGAAUUGAAUUGAACGCACGUUGAAGUUUCGUGCGAGUAUAUUUUUUUAAAAACGAGUUUACUGUAGUAAUAUUAGUUUUUUUUGUUGUUGACUACCUCUCAUAGUACAAGAGUAAACCAAGUUUUUAAAACAGAUACUCCCCUUCAAAUUCUUUUUUCUUCAACUUUAAACAUUUCUGAUUAUUUUCUUUUAUAUUUAUUAAGUUGAUUUUUUACCAAAUAAGCGUUUUAUUACCAUUAUUUUACAUUAUUUAACGCUGCUUCUUAAUAUUAUUACUUUUUUUUGUAAAAAAAACAUACGUUUGUACGCUUUCAUUGGUUCUCUCUAUUAAAUGUACGUGUAUAUUUUAAUCUUGUAUAUUUACUUAGAUAUGUUAGUAAUUUGUGUAUCCCAGUAUUAAAAAGAAUUGUAUUAUAACCUUUGUAUAACACAAAUGUUUCGUUUUAACAAAUUAAUAAUUGUGUGUCAAUUGAUGGUAAAUCCAAAGAUUAUUUCAAGACAUUUUAAAACAAAACUAACAAAGAUAAAAUAUUUUUAUACGUAAAAAAUAUUUUUAAUGUAAUUAAUGAAAGAAAGUGUUUUCCUAUUGUGGCAUAUAACAUUUAUUAGAAUUUGUAAAAUAUUUUUAUGUAAAUAACUUGUAAAUAUAACGUAAGAAGUGAUCUUCUGUUUUAGUUUGUAUUGUAUAUUUUUAACGACUGAUUUUUUUAAAUUAUAAAAACGAAAAAAAUAUAUAUAUCGUACGCUCAGUAACAUGUAUAUGUGUGAUAUCUAACUUUAAGCUUUUCAGCUUUAUAGCGAUUUUAAGAACUUUCCGCAAUAAAAGACAAAAAAUGGUCAAUAAAAACGCCUUGUACGUAUUUAUUGUGUAUGUUAAAAUUUAAAAUUCGUCCAAAAGAGCUUUUCCUUCCGUACGCAUUUUGUUUUUUUGUACGAACGUUAUUGUAGUCUAAAAUAAAAAAGAAAAUGUAUGCAUGUGUAUGUUAGAUGUUUACGUUUAUAAAACAUAUUGUUUUAGCGUUAUUUUUUUCUGUACAAUUAAGAUAAUCAAAAUGUAUAUAACUUAUGUGGUAAAUAAAUUGAAUUUAAAUUAAA